AUGAGUGAUACUGAGGAGUUACCGCCAGCAAAAAAGCCUAGACCGGGACCGGAUAACAAUGCUUUUGCCGAAGAUAACCAAGAUUUCACAGAAGAUCUCAAUACUACUACUAAUGAGUUUGUUGUUGACGAUAAGUAUAACAACUAUGUCACUCCUGAAGAGCUCCAGAAACUAAAGGAAUUUAAGAUCCUUGAUGAAGUCAAGUCUGACGAUGAGGAAGGAGAUAGUGAUGAUGCAGAAUCUGAUUGUUCGCAGGAAAUACCUGAAGUUGAGAUUGAGAAGAUGCUGGAUGAAGAUCUACCGGAGGAUUUCAAAGGAACUCCAAAACCUAAAGAGAAACCUUAUGUCUUGAGGUCUAAAACAAUAAUGGAAGAAAAGGGUGUGAAUCCCUUUGAAGUUCUGCCAUUGGAUUGGAUUUGUGCCCGUCAUAUGAGUGGAAUUCCGGUUUAUAUGCAUAGGCCUACCCGUGUAGUCACACUUGCAAAACCUUAUUGUCUUGGAAAAAGCAAUAUCCAGCGCCACGACAUCCCCAUAAGUGCGAUUCCAUGUUUAGCAUAUCGUCGAGGUCUGGAAGAGGAAGAAAAACAAAAGAAAAUAGAUAAAAAAAUACAAGAACAAAUUGACAUUGUUAAUGCUCAAACUCAAGGCGAAACUUCGAUUGCUAAUCUUGUAAAAAACCAAACUGCAAAGUCAAUAAACAAAACAGUUGAUCAAAUAAUCACAGAAGCGAUGAAUUCAAAAGAUAAAGAUAAAACAGGUAUAGCUGUAUGCCCUUUUAAAGAAAUGUCAAGUGACACAGAGGCACAACCUAAAAAUGUUAUUGAAAAUGCUGAUAAUUCUAAACAAGAAACACUUGAAAAUUUUAAUGAAGAUAUCACCAAAAAAGGCAAUGAAGGAACUACUAGUAUUGCUGCUGUAUGUGAUAAAGUUAACAGUUUAACUGAUAUCAAAGAGUGCAUUGAACAGUCAGGUAAGCCUAAUGAAGCUGAAACAAAUGAAGACAGAAAGGGAGGAACAGAAACAGAGAAUACUGAUGAAAUGAAAAACAUUCGGCCUUUUAUUUUGCCUGGAGGAAAGGCCGUGCCACCGCCCCGAGUUGAAAAUGUAAAUACAAGCUGGAAAACACAGCAUCUCACAGCCGAACAAAUAAAUGAUUACUGCAAAAAGCUCUUUCAGUUCAAAACUGUGGAAAUUAUGCAUUUCAAGAGUUGGGCUGACCGUCGAAAGUAUACUAAAGCUAGGAAGGCUUUACAGUACCCAACAUUGCCCGAAGGAACCAAGCUUAUCACAAUCCCUAAUAACGGACAAGAAAAUGGUGGUAAGGGCAAACGUGACUGGGUUAUGAACAUGAAUGGUCGUUGCUACCUGUCAGUUUUCCACGAGUACGUUUACCGCGCGUUGCACAAGCAACCCGUUUACGAGUUUACACAGCUUGAAAACGCGGCAACACCUUACCAGGCUACAGUAUACAUAGGUGAAAUGCAAUACGGAGUAGGUUUUGGAAGCAGUAAACGGCAGGCGAAAGCAGCCGCUGCCCGGGCCUCGAUACAGAUCCUCAUACCCGAAAUGAAUGAAGAAUUAGCCGCUCCUAACUCUAACGAGCCCGAUUUCUCAUUCUUCGACUACGUUGGCAUAGAAGACCCGCGAAUCGCCGAGUUCUGUGCGGCGACAUGCGAACCGUCGCCGCACGCAAUCCUGCGCACCUGUUUGUUGCGAAAUUUCGGCGCGAACGAUCGCCACAUCAAUGUCACGGUAAAAAAAAUCGAAUAUCAAAAGAUUCAACUUACUAUGAAAGUGGGCAAGCACAGCGCGUCUGUCGUUUGCCAGAACAAGAAAGCGGCCAAACAGCGCGCUUCUCAAGCCAUUUUGCAGUCCCUGCAUCCCCACAUCCGGUCGUGGGGUUCACUCCUCCGUCUGUACGGGUCGCGUUCAAUCAAGAGUUGUAAAGAGAAAAAGUUAGAAGAACAACAGAUAACUCUACUGCAAGACCAAGCGCGUCGCAACGAGCCUAACAGGGCGGUGCUGGAUAAGCUCAAGCACGAAAUGCUUAAGUUGAGAGAGCGUGACGAAGCUGUUGUGCCAAUUGGGACCUUGAUGCUGACUGAGGACCUGCCGACGCAUUCUGGAUCGAAUUUGAACAACGUCGAUCUAUAG